AUGCCCGGUCUCAGGCGUGGGUCUGAUGCCCCUUCGACAGCAUUCAACUGUCGAGAACUGAAGUGUUCCGAAGUCAACAUUGGAACAACCCUCGUGACAUUGGUCUACAGACUGUUCUUUGCCGGGCCGGUGCAUUUUCACGAAAACUCGAAUGCGAGUCUCCUUAGGCCCAAGCCAACUUUGGGGGGGCAAAAGCCAGCGUGCAGCCAAUGCACUCGCUCCGGUCGCAAAUGCGACGGCUAUACCGACGCUUCUCAGACAGAGUUACGCAGUGAGAUCGACAGGGCCAUCCCGCGCCGCACUUGGAACAUCAACCCAGACCAGCGCAUCGUGCUCGUCCCGGGAACCCGUGAGGAGCGUCAAUAUGUGCAUUUCUUCUGCACGCAGGUCACCGAGGCCAUAUCGGGGGUUUUCCACUCGGACGUUUGGUCCCAGUUCCUCCCGCAGCUGAGCCACCAGAACUCCACCAUCCGGCAUGCGGUUGCAGCCGUGGGUGCGCUGUACGAGCGACGUGUGCUGGUGUUGUCGAAUGGAUCGAGCGAGCCGGAGCAUUUCGCCCUGCAGCAAUACAACAAAGCCAUUCGGGAUUUCCUGGGACAGCUGGGCAGCGCACAGGAGGUGGGCGUGGAAUUGAUGCUCAUCACAUGCCUGCUAUUCGUGUGUUUCGAGAUGCUCCAAUUAAACAACCAGCGAGCCCUAGACCACGUCCAGGGCGGCGUGCAGAUUCUCUCGGAGCGGCAGCGAAAUGGCCGGCCCAUCAUUCGCAACAACAUCGACCGAGAACUGUGCCAGUUGUUCUCGCGGCUCAACACCCAGGUCUCGCUGUUUGGUCGGCCCACCCUCGCCUUAGACAUUACCACAGAGAAGCCAUCAUCAUCAUCAAAUGCGAGUGUGACACUCGAAAAUAUCAGCCAGGCACGCGACUCUCUCUCCAAUUUAGUGAACCGUGCCGUAGCCUUUACGCGCGUGGUCGGGUUCAUGAGAGAGAGGACGCCAGAGCCCGAACACCAAAGACAACUACAGAUGCAGCGCGACCUAGCCGAAGACUUCAGCGAGUGGCACGCCGCCUUCGAAAUCCUUCGAGCCAAGCCAGCCAAGAGCGCAGGCAUCAGCGAUCCGCGCGCCCCGCUCGUACUCGUAACCGAGUACCAUAUCAUGCGGCUCUGGCUUCUCAACUGCGUCACGCGCGAAGAGUCCAGCUACGACAACCACUUCGCCGACUUCGACGUCGCCGUGUCGGCCUCCGAGCAGAUUGUCGCGCUCAGCGCCGCACCCAACUCCAAGCUCGCCGCCCACCAAUUCACCCUCGAUGCGGAUGUGGUUCCCGCGCUCUGGUGGGCUGCGCAUAAAUGUCGGCAUCCGCUCAUCCGUCGGAGGGCGAUGCGCGCGCUGGAUCGGUAUCCGACGCGCGAGGGCAUGUGGAAUAAGACGCGGUAUUUGCGCGCCGCCGAGUUGAUUGUGGGAUUGGAGGAGGCGCCUGUGGCGUCUCUUGCGGUCGAGGAGAGGACUGUCGCGGAGCGUCAUCGUAUCCAUAAUUCGCUGAUGUUUGAGGAAAAUGAGUUUGGGCCUGGCUCCUUGCCGAUCCUUUUGAUGACGAAGCCGCAUGGUCUGGAUGCGGAAUGGGUGAGUCGUUGGUAUAAGGUGUGA